AUGAGCUGGGUCCUGGACCACGUGGCUGUAGGCUUCUUCAAGCUGGACAUGGAUCUCCUGCCUCUCCAACAUUGGCCGCACUGGAGAGAACACGGGGAGCCGAUGGCACGGGCCGGAACUGAACUGCUGAGCUUAUGGAACGUGUUAGAACGCAGUGCAAAGCAAUCGCGGAUCAACGCGGGGCAGCUGAAGAGCAUUCCCAAGGGCGCCUUUGACAACCUCAAGAGCCUCACUCACAUCUGGCUGUUGAACAACCCCUGGGACUUUGCCUGUCCCUCGCAGUGUUCGUGCUCAGGGACAGCCGUGUACUGCCAGGGCAAAAGCCUCGCGUCUGUGCCUGCGGGAAUCCCAACCACCACGCGAGAGCUGCGUUUGUACACAAAUCAGAUCACGAAGCUCGAGCCCGGCGUGUUUGACAGUCUGACGGCACUGGUGGAGACACGGCUGAUCUGCGAUCAACUCACAGCUCUCCCCGCUGGGGUGUUUGAUCGCCUGGUGAAUCUGCAGCAUCUGUAUCUGGAGAGAAACCAGCUUUCGGCUCUACCCGUUGGGCUGUUUGACAAACUGACCCAGCUCACUUAUCUGGGUCUGCACAUCAAUCAGCUGAAGACUCUACCCGAGCGGGUGUUUGACCGACUGGUCAAUCUGCAACAGCUGUAUUUGUAUCGGAACCGACUGUCGUCCAUACCCGCCGAUAUGUUUGACAAACUGACGAAUCUGAAGGAACUUAAGCUCUACAGCAACCAAUUGACGGUUCUACCCGAGGGACUGUUUAACCGCCUCAUGAAUAUAGAUGUUCUGGAUUUGUGCUGCAACAAAUUCACACAGCUGCCCACUGGCAUUGACAAACUCACCAAGCUGAAGCUGUUGGCUCUGCACGGAAACCAGCUGAAGAGCAUCCCUGGCACAAAGCAUGACUGUUGA